CUAUAUAAAUAUUACUAUAUUCUUUUGGCUCUUUUUAUAUAUAUAUAUAUAUAAAUAUUUUAUUUUAUUUUUAUUAAUAAUAAUUUUUCUAUAUUCUGCUCGCUGGCGACCAUGUACGAUGCCAUGUUUGAUUCAUUUUGUCGCAAGAGAAAGCUUGAGGACACACAGUGGUCAGAUUAUGUCUAUUCCUCUCCCAGUUCUCCUGUGCCCCCUGCUCCGAUCUCAGUAGAUCCCCUCGCCACCUUUCAUGACUUCACUCUCACCCAGCAGGACAUCUCAGGCUCCCACUCUAGACGCCACUCAGUUGCCGUAGGAGAACUAGACUUCCACUCCAUGGACAUGUUUAAGCAAGAGUUUGAUAUGUCCAAGUGGGACGCAGACUUUCAACAACUACUCGGUGCUGCAUGGGCCCCACCACCGAUCAACCCACAACCUACAUUUGAUUCGCCAGCAUUAGAAAGGGGUAUCCCAAGAAGAGCACUCUCGCUUUCACUCUCGCUCUCAAACCAUCAAUCCUUCCUUCAGUCACUCCAGGACGACCCUCCCCAGAUGUCAACCAAGGAAAUCAUGAUGCUGCCGUUUAUGGACCCUUCCUGUCUAUCUCCAGACGACUUUCUUUCACUUCAGCCACUCCAAGACUCGACAAUCUCGCCCUCGAUCCUGGCCGAUGACACCAACUCAACUACAACUACAACUACAACUACUACUGACAUCAGCUUUACUGAAAACAACAUCAAACGCCCGCGACGGACUGUUGUAGUCCCACCAACCCUAGCAUCACCACCAAACUCGCCCUUUUCUCUUUCUCCAUCGCCUUCUCCCCCCACUCCGCUGCAGGCCAAUUCCAUGUUCGAGCCGAUUCGCUGCACUGCUGAGCUCUCCCAGUCCCCGACCUCAUUUAAGCCCCUUCUUCAGCAGUAUCUCGUUUCACGUAAUCAAGGCCUCGUUCCAACGAACGAACGCACAGUGAUGAUCCUAACUAGCAAAGUUGCCCAAAAAAGCUACGGAACCGAAAAAAGAUUCUUAUGCCCUCCUCCCACUACCCUUCUGACAGGCGCAGAUUGGUGGUCUCACGAGCAACAAGCUUCGAGGGCGACUCCAGCAAAGCUCACAAUCCAGAUUUCAGGAGAAGCGACCAGCCAGACAGGCGUACUCGAGUGGCACAAUCAGCAGGGCGCACUCCUUGAUAGCGCGGCGUCCAUGGCAGCCACGGCCUGUGUAUUGGGUGAAACCCAGACAAUCUCGGGCAAAUGCGUAUCCAAACAACUGCACAUCAACGAUGCAGAUGAAAAGCGCAAACGUGUCGAGGUCCUGGUUAAAAUACAGCUUGGCAAUGGACUCAUUUUGGGCACACUUGCCUCCAAAGGAAUCAAGGUCAUUUCAAAGCCCUCCAAGAAAAGACAGAGUGCAAAGAACAUGGACCUUUGUAUUCAUCAUGGUACAACGAUUUCUCUAUUCAAUCGUAUCCGUUCCCAGACAGUGUCAACCAAAUAUCUUGGCGUGUCCCGCAACAAUCAACCAACAAACGGUCUUCCAGUCGCAGACACAAACGGAACUUGCUUUGUGGCUCGGACUGGCCAGUGGGAUCCCUUUGUUGUCUGGAUUGUUGACACUCAACAUCAGUCAACCGAACCCCACAACACCAAAGAUCAACUCAAUCAGUCUAUGAAGAAUAAAUAUAGUCCUCCUCCUCCUGCCAUUGCUCUCAAGGCAAAGGGAGGUCCGAUUGCAAUUCAUUACAACCAGCCUGUCGUACUCCAGUGUGUCUCAACUGGUCUGGUUAGUCCAGUGAUGGUGAUCCGCAAAGUCGAUCGAGGCUCGAUGGCUCUUGGUGGCAGUCGAAUUGACAGAUCUAAUGGUAAUGGGAAUGGCAGUGGCAGUGGCAGUGGCGGCGGCAUCGGCGGCGGCGGUGAGUGCGGUGACGAGGUACUCGGUGAUCCGGUCUCUCAAUUACACAAGAUCGCUUUUCAAAUCGUUCAGGAUCCGUCAGCCCAUUCGGUCAAUACUACCAAGAGCAGUGAUAGUAAUAAUGACAAUACCGAUUGUGAGACGAAUAGUAACAACAACAUCAGUCAACCGUUUUUGCUGUCUACCUCAUCUUGGAACCUUCCUAAUUCCUGCCAGCCGGUUUCUUAUCUUGCCUGUCUAAACGAUGCUGUCGGCAUGCAUCGUACCACAAGCACCCGUACACUCCACAAACCUGAAGCCCCAAAACGACCUGUAGAACCAUCUCGGCGUAAUAGUGCAACCGCGCAAGACUUGUCUCUGGACGGCAGUUGCUGGACCGAAGAUGUGUCUGAUGCAGCUGUCUGGACUAUUGUUGGCACGGACUGCGCAUCUUACACAUUUUGGACACCCGAUAUCGCACGCACGCAAUCUGGACUAGCACAUUUCCCAAUCAUCAACAACUUGACAAUGUCAUCAACCACUUCCUGUAAUGGUAGCAAUAUAAACAGUAGUAGCAAUGGAGGUGAUCUUCUUACUCUUACUGGCGAACAUAUCACAAGAGAUCUUAAGGUGUGGUUUGGUGACAUUGAAGCCAAGACAGAUUAUCAGUCCAGAGAAUCUAUUCGCUGUGUAGUGCCGGACACUCACAUCCUUGAGACAAGUCUGGCUACCACAAUAGAUGAAGAACUCGUGAUAGACGGUAGCAUUGGUCCCAACCGAAGACUACCGCUGCUGCUGGUACGGAAUGAUGGUCUUGUAUACCAGACAGACUUUUUCCAUACCUUUUAAAGCAUUCAAAAAACACACACUUAUAUACACCACACACACACUACACACUACACACUGCACACACUACACACUAUACACACUACAUACUGCACACACACAAAUCCAUUUUAUAUAACCUGUACAAAGUCCUCAAUCUAUAAUAUAUAUUUUUUCUAUCAAUCUCUUU